AGGUGAUUCAUUUUUUUCAACCAAACACCCUUAACAAACAUUACUCAAUCAACCAAAUUCCAUUUUUAUCUUCUCUUCUUUUGUCUUUUUAUAACCAAAAAAAUAAUAAAAAAAAAAACUACUUCUUGUUUUAGUUUACUUUUUUUUUUCUCUAUAAAAAAAAUAAAACUAGAUAUAAAAUCUGUGGAGCUCAUUUUUUUUAAUUCUGAAAAAUUUUCAAUUUCCCAAAUUUCAUUUCUGUUUGUGCCCUUCAAAUCCAGAUGGAGAUUGAUAAAGCAAUAAGAGAAUGUGAUGAUAGAAGAUUGAAGACAAAGUAUAAUAAUGCUAUUUAUGUUAUUAAAAGAGCACUGGCUCUUUAUAGUGUCGAAGAGGUUGCGUUGAGCUUCAACGGAGGGAAAGAUUCUACUGUUUUGCUUCACCUGCUGAGGGCAGGUUGUUUUCUGCAUCAAGCUGAAGGAAAUAAUUCAGGCGGAAAGGCAGCAGAUGGUGGAAAGGCAUUCCCUAUACGAACAAUAUAUUUUGAGAGCCAAUCUGCUUUCCCAGAAAUCAACUCAUUUACCUACGAAGCUGCAUCCAUUUACGAUAUACAAAUGGAUAUUAUUAGACUUGAUUUUAAAUCAGGUCUAGAGGCUCUGCUAAAGGCUAAUCCAAUCCGAGCUAUUUUUCUUGGUGUCCGAAUCGGAGAUCCUACUGCAGUAGGUCAAGAGCAAUUCUCGCCUAGCUCACCUGGUUGGCCACCUUUCAUGCGGGUGAACCCAAUUUUGGACUGGUCAUACAGAGAUGUAUGGGCGUUCCUAUUGGUAUGCAAGGUUCAGUACUGCAGUCUUUAUGAUCAGGGGUAUACCUCAAUUGGUAGCAUUCAUGAUACCGUUCCUAAUGCACUUUUGUGCAUGAAGAACUCUGACAGUAGUGAAGAAAAAUUUAAACCUGCCUAUUUACUCGCUGAUGGAAGAUUGGAAAGAGCUGGAAGAGUAAAGAAGAACUCUUCUGCGGUGUGUGGGAAAGUUUCUUCUAUUAGCAAUGGACUAAAAGUGGAGAAUUUGAAUUUCGGUAGCAUGCUCACUGCCUCGAUUAUUGCUGUUGGGGAUGAGAUUUUGUUUGGCACUGUAGAGGACAAGUUGAGUUCUGUGCUGUGCAAAAGGCUCCAUUCUAUUGGUUGGGCUGUAUCGCGAGUUACUGUUACUCGAAAUGAUAUAGAUUCUGUAGCCGAGGAAGUAGAGAGACGGAAGUCCACAGAUGAUAUGGUAUUUAUAUAUGGUGGGAUCGGUCCGUUGCAUUCAGAUGUUACUGUAGCAGGAGUGGCAAAAGCUUUUGGUGUUCGCAUGGCUCCUGAUGAAGAAUUUGAAGAACAUCUGAGGCACCUCAUAGGAGAAAAAUGCUCUGGUGACAAGAACGAGAUGGCGCUGUUGCCUGAGGGUAUUACAGAAUUGUUGCAUCAUGAACAGCUGCGUGUGCCUUUGAUCAAGUGCCAUAAUGUGAUUAUUCUCACCGCAACAAAUGCUGUAGAGCUGGACCUUCAAUGGGAUUGUCUGAUUGAAUUGGCAAAAUCUAAUGGCAUCCUGGAACUGAUGGAUCCAUUUGUAUCAAAAUGCUUCGCAACAACUCUUUCUGAUGUCGAAAUUGCUCAACCUCUAUCUAAGCUUUGUGCUCAGUUUCCUGAUCUUUACAUUGGAGGCUAUCGCAGGUCGAGAGAAGGCCCUCUUAUAAUUACAUCUGAAGGGAAAGAUCUAUCAAGAAUAAAAGCUGCUUCUCAGUCAUUGUGCGAAAAAUUUCACCAUGGUGCAUUCUCCGAAAUUGAGUGACCAAUCUUAGUUGCCCUGGUUGUUGCUCUUGGCUUGCAUAUCCAUGUUAGUUAUAUUGGCCUAAAAUGGCCUCUAAAUUUUGGACUUACAAAUGCCAAAAAGGAGAGUAGAGAUUCAAAGACUCUGUCGCGACAAUGAAGGAGAAAGAUGCGUCACCAGAAAAGAAAAAGAUCGAUCAAAGAAAUUAUCGGCAUAAAGAACAAGGAGAAUGGAGUAGUUUCAAUUUCAGCUCAACUGAACUCUUGAUACAAUAAUUUACUGUUUCAUACAAUAUGAGACACAAUUUACUUGAAGCUUAUCGAAACUCCGGGAUCAAAUAGCCUUUCUGUACUAGUAAUUUAUCAUAUGCAAUUUACUUGGUUA